UGCUGCCCCACAAUGCUUAGCUCCUUCCGUCUCCGCGCAGCGCUCGUGCGGACUUCCUGUAGCGAUGGCUGCGGCGGUGGCGGGGAGACUCCGAGGAGGUCUCCCGCCCCGGGCGGCGUGGCUGCCCGCCCUCCAGACUGUGCGCCAUGGCUCCAAGGCUGUGACCCGCCACCGUCGCGUCAUGCACUUUGAGCGGCAGAAGCUAAUGGCUCUAACUGAGUAUAUUCCUCCUAAGCCUGCUGUCAACCCUCGAUGCCUACCACCUCCUCCCAAACCCCCCAAGGAGGAGUCAGGACUUAUCCAGCUCCUGCGUCGGGAUAUAGCAGCAGUUUUUCGAGAUAACCGAAUGAUAGCUGUCUGCCAGAACGUGGCCAUGAGUGCAGAGGACAAGCUUCUCCUGCGGCACCAGUUGCGGAAACACAAGAUCUUGAUAAAAGUCUUCCCCAACCAGGUCCUGAAGCCUUUUCUAGAAGAUUCAAAAUACCGAAACCUGCUACCCCUUUUUAUUGGGCACAAUCUGCUACUGGUCAGUGAAGAGCCCAAGGUCAAGGAAAUGGUUCGGAUCUUAAAGACUAUUCCUUUCCUGCCACUGCUGGGUGGCUGCAUUGAUGACACCAUUCUCAGCAGGCAGGGCUUCGUAGACUAUGCCAAGCUGCCCAGCCUGGACCUGCUGCAAGGGGAGCUGGUAGGAGGGCUUACUCGCCUCAUGGCCCAGACCCGCUACCUGCUUCAGCACCAGCCUUCCCAGCUGACUUCCCUGCUGGAUCAGUACGUCAGACAGCAGCAGCAGGAGGAGAAGUCUGCCACAUCAGCCACUGGAGAGCCCCAUCCUCCUGACCCUGCUCCAGAUUCCUAGCCCACCUGUUUUACCCAGCUCUGCCCAGAAUACACUCUGUCCCUGUUGUCUGGCCAAGAUCUAAAAGAAUGUGGAGUGUGGGAGUGGCAUGUGUCACUUGGCUCUCAUUCACAAUGACCUCCUUGGGGACAGGCCUCUUGAAGAUACAGAGAAAUUCCAUUUCAGAAUGAGGCUGUCCAUUGUCUUCAGUUUCACUAGUCACUCUGUCUUUAGCUGUCCCAACCAGGGACCUGAUAGGAACAGUCUCCUUCGGCUCUCCAGGCACAAAGCAGAGAGAAUGGAGAAUAUCUUGCCCGGCCUUCUUGUCCACUGCCCCUUGCUCUGUGUCUUCCCAGCCACCCUCUCAGCUCCUCUGCAUGCUGUGGUGACCUUGUGCCAAGCACUAUACCAAACACAAAUGCCAGCUCCUUUAUUCCUUACUGUUCAGGAAAGGGCAGAGUUUGAAGUCCUGCACAAGGCCUUGAACUUGAUUCUCUGAAGCCUCAAAUUGCCAUAGUAGAACUUUAUAAAGUUACCCAGGAGUGGGUCCUGAGUGGGCUCAGAGGUUAGUGGUCCACCCUAGGGUGUGCUGGGUUGCGGAAGGAAUGGGAAAACUUAUUCAUUAUAAAAAUAAAAUACACUUUAUG